CAGAAAGAACAGUAAAAAUGCAGGCAGGGCACAGGACAAAGCACUCGGGACAAAAUGUAUGUGAAAAAAAAUGAAAUUUUUUAAAACUUUCAAAUUUGCCGCCGGUUCCGGCCCCUGUACAUCCCAACGUCACAGGGACCGGAACACGGAAGCCGGAUGCUGGCAUCGGCUGGAGGAGAUGGCCGGGGACGCUGCAGGGGACACAUCGCGGGAGAGAAGGACAAGGUAAGCGCUGCAGGGAAUCCCUGAGCAACGCCGCAUGGUAAGCCCGAGUGUAGCUCGGGGUUACCACUUUUGGUACUGAAA